GAAAGGGCGGGCGGGCGCGGCGGCUCUGGCUGAGGCGCGGCCGCGCCAUGGAGCUGGCUGCGAGGCCCCAGCCGCGGCUGCUCCGCACCUACACGCGCCGGGGCGCCGGCCUGCGCCGCCUGCCGCCCCCGGCGCCCUGGCUGUCGCCGCCUCAGGACCGCGAGCGGCUCUUCGGCUCCAGCUCCGCCUCCGCCGGCUCGGCUUCCGCCGCCUCGUCCUCCGGCUCCGAGGACCCCGACUUCCAGCCGCCUGGCCCCCGCCGGCCGCGCCGGGGGCCCGCCCGCCGGAAGGGCGGCAGCGCGCGGCCGGCCAAGGAGAACCGGGCCCCCGCCGGGCCGGGCCCGCCGAGCGAGGGCCGCGCCGCGCCCGCCACCCCGCCGGGGAGGCACGUCACCCGCCGGCGCCGCUGGGGGCCGCUCCCGUCGCCGGGGCGCAGGGCGGGGCCCCCCCUGCUCUGCAGCACCCCGCAGCAGCCGGCGCCGGCCGGGGCAGAGAGCCGGCCGCUCCCCGCGGAGGAGAGUAUCCUGGGCGGCGGCCAGGAGAACCGCCCCCCCGGUGCUGGGAGGGCGGCCUCGGGCCGGGCCCCCCGCCGACGUCACGGGCCCCCCCGGCCCCUGCUGGCCGAGCUGAGCUCCCUGGCGCCGGGGGGCAGCGCGGCGGAGGCCGCGGCAGGGCUGGAGGGCAGCCUGGAGCUCUUCUCGCCGCCCCUGGCCGGGGCCAGCGGCCGGGUCUCUCGUGGCCCACAGCGGCCCAGCGGCAGCCCCCUGGCGGGAGACUGGCGGGGCCGGAGCCAGCCGGCGCUCCCAGCAUCUCCCCACGGGGCCCCGAGGCCGCCUGCUUGCCGGGUGUCCGAGAGCCGGUAUGUCCUCGUACCCUGCGGAGCCGCCCAGGGGGACUUGAUCCAGCUUGUUCCCUCAUCAUUUCCGGGUAAACACAGACCGUCUGUUCCUACUCGGGGCCAGCCUGUGUCACCCCCUCAUAAAACUGUGAGUAGAGAUCAUGUCCAACGACUGACCUCACAAAAGGCAGAGAGGGCUCAGCGGACUACACCGGGGCUGUGCCCACUAGAAACGAGCCUGGGCCUGCAGAAAACUGCUAGCCGUCCUGGGGCUGCACUGCCCAUUACAGGGAAGCCCCAUGUCCUGGUACAAGGUAAUACCAGUCCUGAUGAGCCACAUGAUUUGAGAGGAAGCUCUCAGAAAAGGAGCUGGAACCUUAGCACAGACAAAAGCAGACACCAACUUCAGCCCUUGGUGGUCUUAAGCUCUCAAGUGGUACCAAACUGGUUGGCUGCUAAUAAUAAGAAGUUGGAUGCUUGGCCCUCCUGGAGGGAAAACGAUUGUCAGCAGCCAGUUACUCCCUCUGCCUUGUCUGUAAUCUCAGAAAAGAAGUCCAGAAGUAGCAAGGUCAUUCCCAGAGAUGGUGGUAGAGGCACCAGUAAAAAGGCCUGUAUCAGUGGGUUCAGCUCCAGCCGAUGGGGGAAACAGGCAAGGCGCCGCCCAGUCAGACGCAAGAAUUCAAAAACUCCAUGGCAGCAGGCUGAUGGCUCCUUCUUUCAAGAACAAAUGAGGCAAAGAGGAAUGGAGAAAAAUGCCCUAGAGAUGUCGUCGUCUUUUCUGUGUGACUUUUCUUUCCUCAAUGACUCCCAGUGGUGGGCCAGGGCUCGAGCAUCUCUCUCUCUCCACAAGAAAAAGAAAGUUUCCACUGAGGAAAGUGCCUGUGGCAGCAUCCCUUGUACUCCUUCCUCCAAAUCUCAGCUUGCAGGGUACCAUAAAUCCCUGUUCAUUCAAAGUGUUGGCUACUCUAACUGGCCCACUUCCUCCGUGCUCCUGCUGACUCCCAUGAAGUCCCAUUCUGUUCUGGAGGUGAUGCUUACAGACGCAGAGAAGGUGUAUGGGGAAUGCCAGCAGGAGGGUCCUAUCUCCUUUGAGGAAUGUAUUCCCCCAGAUAAGAUGAAAAACUGUUUCAAGAUUGGGGAAGGAGUAUUUGGGGAGGUGUUCCAAACGAACAGUGAGAAAGGAGCUGUGGCUUUAAAAAUCAUUCCUGUCGAGGGGACUGAGAGGGUCAAUGGAGAAGCUCAGAAGAGCUUCAGUGAGAUCUUGCCAGAGAUGAUAAUCUCAAAGGAGCUCAGCCUUUUAUCUCAGGAGGUAGAGAACAGGACUGUAGGGUUCAUUGACUUGUACUCUGUGCACUGUGUCCAGGGGGCGUAUCCCAAGCAUCUUCUGAAAGCCUGGGACAAAUAUCAUGAACUGAAUGGAUCUGAAAAUGACCGGCCCGACCUGUUUGGAGAACAGCAGCUGUUCAUGGUCCUGGAAUUUGAAUUUGGAGGCAAUAACUUGGAGAAUAUGAGGAAUCAGCUAAAUUCAGUGGCAACAGCAAAAAGCCUGCUGCAUCAAGUUACUGCUUCCUUGGCUGUGGCAGAGGAGGGACUGUACUUUGAGCACAGAGACUUGCAUUGGGGGAAUAUUUUGGUGAAGAAAACCAACUUGAAAGAGCUCAGUUAUACUUUGAAUGGAGCAGUUUAUACAAUCCCCACAAAAGGAAUUCAUGUGAACAUCAUAGAUUACACCCUGUCUAGGAUGGAGAAAGAUGGGUUAACGGUGUUCUGUGAUAUUUCUACUGACAAAGAGCUGUUCCAAGGAAGAGGUGACUACCAGUUUGAUAUCUAUAGGCAGAUGAAAGAAGAGAAUUCCAACAACUGGGCUGACUAUCACCCCCAUAGCAAUGUCCUGUGGCUGCACUAUUUGGCAGAUAAACUUCUGAAAGAGGUAAACUACAAAAGAAAGCUAUCAUCAUCCUCUGCCUUGAAAGGCAUACAUAAACAGCUCCGAAAGUUCCACAGAGAAGUCCUGAACUUUAGCUCUGCAAGUGAUGUUCUGCUCAAUAGCAGCCUUUUCCACUGAUCGAAAUGGACCUUCGAAUGAGAGAUCACAACAUGAUGUCCUUGUACUGUCACUCCCUUUGCUGUAUUUUUGGAAUACUUAAACAUUGGCACAUUUGGCAUGGUGCAGAUGGUAAAUGACCUCUUAUGUCCAUGAGUUGAAUAAUUUCUAAGUGUUCAGCUAAAAUAAGUGAAGAUCCAUUAUUGCAAAAAAAAAUUGAAACAUUUCACAGUUGAAAUAUUAAAAAUGGUUCUACCAUAUGUUAAGUC